UGGGUGUGGCGGCACGGAAGUGGCGGAACCAUGGAGCUGAGCGAGAUGCUCUACAACAAGUCCGAGUACAUCGAGACGGCCUCCGGCAACAAGGUGAGCCGUCAGUCCGUGCUGUGCGGCAGCCAGAACAUCGUCCUCAACGGCAAGACAAUAGUUAUGAAUGACUGCAUCAUUCGGGGUGACCUGGCAAAUGUAAGAGUUGGACGCCACUGCGUGGUGAAAAGCCGUAGUGUCAUUAGGCCACCUUUCAAGAAGUUCAGUAAAGGGGUCGCUUUCUUCCCUCUCCACAUUGGUGAUCAUGUGUUUAUAGAAGAGGACUGUGUUGUCAAUGCAGCCCAGAUUGGCUCCUAUGUCCACAUAGGCAAGAACUGUGUCAUUGGUCGUAGAUGUGUUCUGAAAGACUGCUGCAAAAUCUUAGACAAUACGGUGUUACCUCCUGAAACGGUUGUCCCACCUUUCACAGUGUUCUCAGGCUGCCCAGGACUCUUCUCUGGGGAACUCCCGGAAUGUACCCAAGAACUCAUGAUUGAUGUUACAAAGAGCUAUUACCAGAAGUUCUUGCCGCUCACUCAGGUGGCCUCUGCCAGGGUCUAAAAACAAGUCACCACUGAAGAUCUCAAAUACUCAGCAGUGUUAACAUUCCUUAAAUUUGGUCACUUUAUCCUCCUGUCCUCUGAAGCAUCACUCUGACCUGGGCUCAUCUCUACACCUCUGCCAGCUCUCUGGAAUGAUGGAGUAUCAGGUUGCAGCAUGCUUCUACACCCCCUGGGAACUGUAGUUUUCUGAUGUCAACAUUCAGUUUAGUGAAGUGCAGUGAAACUUGACUUCCAAGAGAGGGCUUUGCUGCACAGCUAAAGAGGAGCUGUAGGUGCGUGGGGAAGCAUGAUGCUCAAAGGGUUGGGGAGGGAAAUGCGAAUUCCUUCUUUCAAGAUUCUUAGCAAAAAGCGAUCACUUCCAGCAGUAAGUUGCUAUGUUGCUUCAUUGAUCCUAUGUACUUCACUUUGCUCUGACCAAGACUGGAGGCGCAUACUACUUGUGUUGGUCACUCUUACGCAGGGCAUUUAAAGUUCUCAAGAAUGUAAAA